AUGAUUUUGACGGCACUUCUCUCAAACAACCUUCUUAAGAAAUUUGCGGCUGAACCAGAGUCUUCUUCUGACCUCUCAGCUGCAUUAUACAACAACUCCCGGACAACCUCAUUGUUCAUCACCGCAUCCCAAACAGCCUUGUCUGAAGUCAAUGACAUAACCAUUCUCUGCAACAUUAGACACCAAUGUAUGUCUCAGAGUCUCAGUUAUUUGUUUCUCAAACCAUGGAUCUCAAGACUGCGAGAAAAGAGAGAACCUGAACAGAUGGGUCGGUCUGAAACACAUGAAAGGCGUCAUAGAUGCAGAGAAAGCAUCAUCAACUUCGUCAAGUUCCGGAGCUUUAUCCGUAACAAGAUCAAUCUCUUUAUCUACAGCCACCCAUUCAAACUCUUCCUCGUUGAAUCCAUAACUCAUCUUCGCGGAUGCGGAUGA